AUGGGGAAGCUGUGACCUGUCAGGAGAAAUUAAAAGGAGCUCGCAGGAGGGUGAAUAGUUUAGGCAUGACCUGUCAGCACAAAGUAAGAGUGAUAGCGAUUUCUUAGCAAUGCAAAUAUUUUAGAUGGGGAAAAGGGCAAACAUUUCCAGACAGAAGGUCCUAAAAUGUACACUGUGCAUGUAUUUUCAGUUACGUCUCAUGCAUGGUGUUUGUGUGUAUCCUAAGAGUAGUAGCAGAACGUGACACUGGUUUUGUGAUGGCACAAACAUGCAGCCAGCUCGUUUGCUGACAGAUCCAGUAGAUGGCGCUAUCUGUCUUCUGUUUAUCUGUUUGUAAAGAGCCCAGAAACGGAAGGAAAACAUAAGAAGGAAAGGCUGCUGCGGGAGAAUAUGCUUUCAUCUGGCAUGGAGCUGGACAAUUAUGAACAGCCAGUUGUUUUAAGAGACGAAAACCAGCGCAGAAGAAGAAGAAUGAGGCCACAUUCUGCAACUACCAGUGUAUUCUCCAUGGACCUAAUUCCAAUAGAGUUUAUUAUGCCCACAAUUAACCGGUGUAGUAAAGUGCAGGAAACAAUGCUACUUGAAGUUGCUGGCAAUUGCAGUGUUGAGCAAAUGAAAGCACAGGUCUGGAUGCAUGCUAUUGAAAAAAGCCACAACAGCGAUUUUUACCAGAGACUUACUCCAGACCAGUUUCUGCUGCAGUAUCAAAAGAAAGGACAGUGGUAUGAAAUAUAUGACAAACAUCAAGUAAUACAAACACUAGACUGUAUAAUGUACUGGAAGGUUUUACAAAAAACUGUAGGAAAGAUUCAUAUUGUGCAGAAAGAAAAAACCCCAGAAGAAAUGAUAGAAUAUCAGAAAACUUUAAAUUACUUGAUUGGAUAUGAUGUUACAGAUGUAAGCAAUGUCCAUGAUGAUGAGUUAGAAUUUACACGUCGUCGAUUAGUUACUCCCCGAAUGAUUGAACUGUCCAGGAGAGAUGCUAGGUUAUAUUCCAUGGACCCAUGGGUGACUUCUAAACCACUUCCAGAAUAUUUGUGUCAAAGAAUUACAUCCAAUAGCAUUUUUAUCAUCAUACACAAAGGAAUGACAAGCCACACAAUCAGAGUUUCUAUUGAUGAUACACCAGAUGUAAUAUUGCAUAGUUUCUUUACAAAGAUGGCAAAGAAAAAGUCACUGUUGGAGAUUUCUGAGGAGAACAGUGAACUUGAUUUUGUCCUGAGAGUUUGUGGCAGAGAUGAAUAUAUUAUUGGAAAUGCACCAAUUAAAGAUUUUCAUUGGAUAAGGCAGUGCAUUAAAAAUGGACAGGAGAUACACCUUGUUCUGGAAAAGCCUCCUAAUGCAUUAAAAGAUGAUGUCCAGAAAGAAGAGUGGCCUUUGGUUGAUGACUGCACAGGUGUCACAGGGUACCAUGAGCAGCUAACAAUUGAAGGUAAGGACCAUGAAAAGAUUUUUACUAUAUCACUUUGGGACUGCAACCGGAAGUUUAGAGUAAAAAUAAUUGGCAUUGAUAUACCUGUUCUGCCAAAAAACACUGAGAUCAUUGUUUUUGUGGAAGCCAACAUUCAGCAUGGCCAACAAGUCCUUUCACAGAGGAGAACUACAUGCAAGCCUUUUACUGAAGAAGUUCUGUGGAAUUCAUGGCUUGAAUUUGAUUUAAAAAUCAAAGAUUUACCAAAAGGAGCUCUUUUAAAUUUACAAAUCUUUUGUGGUAAAGCACCAAAUGUCUCAAUUAAAUCUAACGCACUGUCACCAGAGUCUGCAGCUUCAGAUUCCAAAUUCAAAAAUCAGCUACUUUACUAUGUGAAUCUGUUGUUAAUUGAUCACAGGUUUUUAUUAAGACAGGGAGAGUAUGUCCUUCACAUGUGGAAAAUUCCAGGUAAAGGAGAAGAACAAGGAAGCAUUAAUGCUGAUAAACUUACAUCUGCAACUAAUCCUGACAAAGAAACAUCUAUGGCAAUUUCUAUUAGUCUAGACAAGUACUGCCAUCCAGUUGCACUCCCUAAACACAAACUGGUGUCUGAUCCAGAGCUUGAAAGGCCAAGGACUGAAAUGCCCAACCAACUAAGAAAGCAGCUUGAAGAAAUCAUAGCUACAGACCCACUACACCCCCUUACACCUGAGGAUAAAGAACUGUUGUGGCAUUUCAGAUCUGAAAUUAUUAAACACCCAGAAGCAUAUCCAAAGUUGCUGAGUUCAGUAAAGUGGGGUCAACAAGAAAUGGUUGCCAAGACAUAUCAAUUACUGAGUAAAAGAGAAGCAUGGGAUGAUUGCAUUCUUGAUGUUGGACUUACAAUUCAGCUUCUUGACUGUAAUUUUUCAGAUGAAAAUGUAAGAGCCAUGGCAGUACAGAAACUGGAAAGUUUGCAAGAUGAUGAUGUACUGCAUUAUCUUUUACAACUAGUACAGGCUGUAAAGUUUGAACCAUAUCAUGACAGUGCUUUAUCCAGAUUCCUUGUAAAACGUGCAUUACAGAGCAAACGGAUUGGCCACUUCUUGUUCUGGUUUCUGAGAAGUGAGAUUGCUCAGUCAAUGCAUUAUCAGCAGAGGUUUGCAGUCAUACUUGAGGCGUAUUUAAGAGGCUGCGGCAAGGCAAUGCUGGAUGAUUUUACCAAGCAGGUGCAAGUAACUGAGAUCCUACAUAAAGUUACAAUGGAGAUCAAGUCAGUUUCUGCUGAGAAGUAUGAUGUAACUUCACAAGUCAUUACACAGCUGCGUCAAAAACUUGAGAAGCUGCAAAAUGCAAAACAUCCAGAUAAGCUUCCUGAUAGCUUCCGAGUGCCUUAUGAUCCUGGAUUAAGAGCUGGGUCAUUGGUGGUUGAAAAGUGCAAAGUUAUGGCAUCAAAGAAAAAGCCACUUUGGCUUGAAUUUAAAUGUUCAGACACAACAGCAUUAUCGAAUGAAACAAUAGGAAUAAUAUUUAAGCACGGAGAUGACCUACGGCAAGAUAUGCUUAUUUUACAGAUCCUUCGCAUCAUGGGUUCUAUAUGGGAAGCUGAAUCAUUGGACCUGUAUUUACUGCCAUAUGGCUGCAUUUCCACAGGAAACAAAAUAGGAAUGAUAGAAAUAGUAAAGGAUGCCACCACCAUUGCACAAAUACAGCAGAGUACAGUUGGAAACACAGGAGCCUUUAAAGAUGAAGUUCUGAGUCAGUGGUUGAAAGAAAAAUGUCCAAUUGAGGAAAAGUUCAGUGCAGCAGUGGAGAGAUUUGUUUAUUCCUGUGCUGGAUACUGCGUUGCGACGUUUGUGCUUGGGAUUGGAGACAGACAUAAUGACAACAUAAUGGUAACUGAGUCAGGUAACCUGUUCCACAUAGAUUUUGGUCAUAUACUUGGUAACUACAAAAGUUUUCUAGGAAUUAACAAGGAGAGGGUGCCCUUUGUGUUAACACCUGAUUUUCUUUAUGUAAUGGGAACAUCAGGAAAGAAGACAAGUCAAUACUUUAAUACAUUUCAGGAUGUCUGUGUGAAAGCAUAUUUGGCUCUUCGACAUCAUACAAACCUAAUGAUCAUCCUGUUUUCAAUGAUGCUGAUGACAGGUAUGCCUCAGCUGACGAGUAAGGAGGACAUUGAAUAUAUCCGGGACUCACUGACUGUUGGAAAGAAUGAUGAGAGUGCCAAGAAGCAUUUCCUCGACCAGAUUGAAGUUUGUAGGGAUAAAGGCUGGACUGUGCAGUUUAAUUGGUUCCUGCACCUCGUGCUUGGGAUUAAACAAGGGGUAGAAAAGCAUUCGGCUUGAAGCAGUUGUGUAGUAUGUCAGUAUAAAUGUAUAGUGUAAACUUGAACUGAUAACUUUGAUAAUUGAUGUCCCAUAUUUGCUUAUUUUUAUAAUGUAUGGGAACAUUUAUGCGAAUUUUGGGAUCUGUGGGUUAUAAAUAACUACACUCAUAAUUUGAAGCAACAUACCAUACAUCUACUAAAACAUAUAUUAAAAAAAUAUUUUCUAACCAGAAUGGAUAAACUUUAAAUGCAAAAUACUUAUUGCUACAAUAGAUUAACCAAUCAGUCUGUUUUGAUUCAAUCUCCCCUUUCAUGCUCAGCAUUUAUUCCGACCACACCCAGCUCAAUAUGCUUCCAAUCCCAUCAACCAGCCUGCAGAGGUGGUGGGAUUCAAAUAGGCAUUUAUUUUUCUAUAUAAACAUAAGCUUGUCUGUUAUCUGCAGCUAGUUUAUAUAAACUAUGCUACAAUUUCUGUAGCCAAGAUAGUAGUUUUACCAGUGUGGGGGGUAACAGCAUAUUGUAUUUUCAUUACUUUAAAAGUUUUUUUAUUUUUUGGUGUUACUGUUCCUUUAAAUGUUGGGUGGUAUGUGGUGGUGGUGAUGAAACAGGCUUCAAAACAUCUGUAGAUACAUCAUAGCUUUAGGUGUGGUAGGUAGAUGGGAAAACUCUGCAGCACCAGAGGUGUCAUUAAUUAUUAUUUGAAAAUACCUGUGGCAGACUGAUUUGUUACAGUAAAAAGAAAUGAAAGGAGGUAAUGAAAAAGGACACCUAACUUUGAAACAGUCAAAUUCCAAACACACUGCCAAGAUUAUAACAAGCUUUGAUUAGCAUACAAAUGAAAAUGAAUUGGCGUAUUAAAUUUAUACUUGCCCCUUAAGUGAGAUCAUGCUGCACAUCCAUUUUUUAAGGAGUAUUGAAAAUUCAACACAACAGAUAUUUCUACCCUUGCCUUUUUAGCACUCGUGCUCAUGUUUCAGUUAAAAAAAAUUAAAAGCCCCCUACCAACCACCCCCCAAUCUGGCAGGUAUUACCCCCUCUCCUCUCCGAAAUGUGCUUUAGGGGCACAUUUACUUAGCUUGAGUGAAGGAUUCAAAGUAAAAAAAACUUUGAAUUACAAAAAAAAAAUUCCAUAUAUUAUAUGCAAUUAGAUAUAAUUAAAAGCCCCCUACCAAUCCCCCCCCCCCAAUCUGGCAGGUAUUACCCCCUCCGAAAUGUGCUUUAGGGGCACAUUUACACGAGUGAAGGAUUCGAAGUAAAAAAAAGAAUUUCGACCAUCGAAUAUGCUACUUCGACUACGAAACGAACAAUUCGAACUAAAAAUCAUUCGACUAUUC